AUGAUUGCCGCCUCCGAACCCCAGGAGUUCAUCCCUUUUGGGAGGCAGCAAAUUUUAGAACAUCCUGGGGCUAUCCAGAUUGGAAUUCAACAACAUCAGUAUCAGUCAGAAAAUGCAUUGUCUAAUCGUUUAAGUCAAGUAUCUAUAAGUGAAACUUCAAAGAAAUCCGAAUCAUGGUUGUUGAGAGAAGCUACAAACGAAACGACAGAAUGCGAAGAAGAAUUGUUUUAUUCUGGGAAAACAGUUGUUUGGUCAAUAGGUCCUGCAUUAACUGAAAAUAGAACAAAUAGAAUAUUAAAAUGUUGUUACACAAGCGAAACACUCGUUAAACAAGCACUUUGGUGUAAUUUUCACUUAUCGAAACCAGACAUAAUUACAUCAUCUAUAAAAGGAUCUGAAAAUCCUAAACAGAUUGAUAUUAAUCUUAAAAAUAAUUGUAAUGAAGACUUGAAGAAUUGCAUCUGUGUAAUGGAUGCUGAUAGUAUUAAAUUUUAUACAAAAUCUGGGAAAGAAUAUUUAACAGCAUUACAGUUUAAAGUAUUAAAAAUAUGGAAAAUAAAAUUUGGAUUGUUGUUCGAGAGAGAAGUCGAAAGGAAAGACUCUGGGGAAGAAAUUGUCGAUGCAAUCGAUUUGGGAACGGAAUUGCCAACUCAUUCUCCACAAUCUUACAUGUCUUUUAAGAAUAAUUCUUUCGGUGUUAGAAAAUCAUCAAUGGAGCCAUCAAUGUAUUUCAAACAGAAAAAUUUGAUGGAUUUUAACGAUUGUACAACAUUCGGAUCGACACAGUAUCUAAAUUUACCACCUCCCACCAAUCCGGAAGAUAAUUCAUCGCCUUUCAAUUCUUCAUCGUUCAUUGGAACUUUUGCUCUAGAACAAAAUUCAAACAAUUUACCCACGAUUUUUAGUUUGUCUCAUCCACUAGAUGAAAUUUGUCCCGUUGUCGUGAAAGAAGAUAGUCUCUCUUAUGUUUCGAAUCCUGAGAUUGUCAUCAUAUUCACAAGCGAAUCACCAUCACUUUGUAUGGUAUACAAUAAGAAAACAAAACUUCAUACUGUUUAUUUGGUGAGAAAGGCUCAACCUCAAGAAUCAGAAAUUUGUUUGCAAAGAGAAUCUGUUUUGAGCAGAACAUCGAGAACUCAUCAAUCGUUCAAUGCGACUGGUAAACCCGGUUUUCCAAAUAGUGCGAGUUUGAGUCAUAACAUGUUUCCAAACGUUGUCAACAGUCCGUUCACCCCUUUCGAAAGAGCACGUCACAGUUCUCCGAUAUCAUCUAAAAACGUUUUGUCUCCCGCUUUCACUCAUAAUUUUUACACCCCCUCACCAAAAAGAAACGAUUCGUCGAUAAAUAGUCCGUUUAGCGAAACUCCGAGUCGGAUAGAAAGUAGAAUGAUGACGGAAGAUAUAGAAUAUGCCGAACCCAAACCGUUGUAUCCGCAAGUCUGUCUGCAACAUUUGUGGACGGAAAAUUCUGGAAACGCUGGUAAAAUUCAAUACUCUCGUACUCGAUCAUUCCUGACAAAAGAUCUUUGCGGUCAAUCGUUUUUGUGUUAUUUAAUCAAAGCGAAAAAUCUUCUCCAUUUCAGCGUGGUUUUUUCCGAGAAAACUUUCAUAAGCGCGAAAGAUGGUUGCGAAUUAAAAGUAAUUAACGUUGUUGUCGAUGACUCGCUCAAUAUGAUCGCCAUUAUCGGAUUGGACGGAGGUGUCGAAUUGUAUUCCGGAACCGUUCACGUUGCCAAAAUCCUUAUAUCGGGCGUGCCCAGUUGUGUGGCGACAUCAUCAUAUUUAUCCGAUUCGAAUGCAGGGCCGACAUUUUUUAAAAAUACUUCUUUGAAUGCUUUUCCAAAUUUAUCACAAUUAUCUCCCGUGACGACAUUGGACAGUAGUUGCUACGAUAAAAUAACUCCUAAUUUGUCCGUUAAAAGCUCCAGUAUUAUUUGUUCACCCCACGAAGGAACUUUAAUAGCUUUAAGAGACAGUGUUGCCAGUAGAAUUUCCCUCGAAUUCAGCACUGGAAUUAUUUUUAGAUUGGAACUUCCAAAUUUUGGAAAUUCUCCAAUGAUAAAAAGUUGCCUUAACGCUCUCCGACAAGUUUUACCCAACGAUGUUUUUAUUAAAUUAUCCGUCAAAUGGUAUUGCACGAGAAACGUACCCGGUUGUCAAAAUGUCGACAUGGAAGAAGAAUGGUCCAUGUUUUCCGACGUCUUAUUCGUCCGAAUGGGACAAUCGAAUGCGGAAACGGAAAUGCAAACGGAUAUGGAAAAUUCUUGCAGCAUCACGGAAACUCCAUCGAUUUCAAAUCGGAGUAAUAAUAAUAAUAACCCGGAUGGGAGAUGUGAUUUUUUCGACGCGAGUAGGACACCCAUCGAAAAAACUAGACAGUACGGUUGUGGGAAAAAAUUGAAAUCGUCAUUCGUGAGUUCUCCAGUACAAUCCGUAGAAACUUCUCAAUGCGAAGAUUCCAUUUACGUGAAUAAGAAAAGUCCGCUCUAUUCAUUUUCCUAUUUCGUUUUGUUUUCCCUACAUUUGCUCUACGAAGACAUGAAAUUGAAUCAUUUGAAGAAAAGAUUUCUCGCGGAUUUGGUUAAAAUUCUACAUCACGUCGCGUCCGAUUUGAAACUUUCCGAAUACGUUCACCAUUACUGGAUGGAUUUUCCGAACAAGUGUUCGUUCAGUCAGUCUAACCUUAUGGGAAAACCCCUUUUUGAAAUCGCCAAUUAUCCGCCUUCGUUCGCGAAAACUCCCCCCAACAUAUACCUUCAUUUGUACAACAUGUUGCAAAAGAAAAAAGUGGAUCCUUUCCCGUACAUUUUCAAAAUAAAUAAUCGGACGAGGGAUUUGAUUCAGAUUAUCGGAUUGUUGUCUUACGGCUACGAAAAUCCCGGGAUUUCGAUGGAUUCCCUAAUUAAUUUUAUAAAUUUUGGCAAAUCCGAAAAACCGUUGGACAAAGGGAAAUCUCCCAGGUCUCGGAGUCACAGACCCAUUCCGCAUAGAGUCAUGCAACUCAUGGAUUUUUUCUUCGCAGGAAUAACUCAAGAUAGCAUGCAAUCCCUUCCUCCGGGCGUUUCACUAAUCCUUUUCGAAGCUUUGUACAGUUGCAGAGAUAAUCCCGGUUUCGGUUGGUCAAAGGAAGCUUAUAAAUUAGCCAUGAGACACGAUUUGGCUUCUUUUUGUCGUCAAAAUUGCAAGGAAGAAGUCGGACCCACCAAUGAAUUGAUCAUGCCUUCUUCCUCUUCGAAUUCUAAAAGUAACAGCACGAUACGAGUGAGCAUGGAUUUAGAAGAAGACGGAAUGGAAGAUUUGUCCAACAUGGACGUUCUCAAGUUAAGGUUCAGCACGGAUCAGAGAGUUUUAGAAGCGAGGAGAAUGUUGCAAUCGGCUCAACCCGUUAAAAUUUCGAUACAGCAAAGGCCCGACGUCAACGAUCACGAAUUCAUGCAAGAACAGGAAAAGCAUUUGUACGCAAUAUGCCUGAGAACGAUGGCGCUUCCCGUCGGGAGGGGAAUGAUGACGGUGAGGAGUUCGACUCCCGUCAUAACGGAAAAACUACCCAUACCGCCUCUGUGUUUGACCGGAAGAGUUCCGCCCACGGGAAAAGUCGUCGACAUGUCACACAUAGAAGUGUCUUCGAACAUGAACGUUUGGCCUUUGUUUCAUAACGGCGUGGCAGCGGGUUUGAAAAUUUCACCGAACGCUUCCGAUAUAGAUUCCCAGUGGAUUAUUUACAACAAGCCAAAGACGAACAACGAAGAAUUAAUUGAACACGCGGGGUUUUUAAUGGCGUUGGGAUUUAACGGUCACUUGAGCAAUCUUCAAGACACGAGUAUUUUUCAUUAUUUGAUUAAAUUCCACGAAAUGACCAGCGUCGGAUUGCUGUUGGGCAUAGCAGCAUCGAAAAGAGGCACAAUGGAUCCUUACAUGGUGAGAAUCGUAAGCCUUCACAUAGAAGCCAUGUUACCUCCGACGGGUAUCGAAAUCGACGUCGACGUCGUCGUCGAACCCGCAGCAUUGGUUUCACUUGGAUUUUUAUAUCAAGGCACGGCUCAUAGACACAUAGCUCAAGUUCUUUUGCAAGAAAUCGGUGAACCUCCUGGACCGGAAAUGGCAAACAGCGUAGAUAGAGAAAGUUAUUCGUUAGCCGCAGGUUUAGCACUGGGAUUGGUCGUUUUCGGAAGAGGAGCUAAACUAUCAGGUUUAGGAGAUAUGGCCAUCGCUGACACUCUUCAUCAUUACAUGGUGGGCGGUCCGAAAAGACCGUAUUUAGGUUCUCAAAGGGAAAAAUAUAAAACUCCGAGUUUUUUAAUAUGGGAAGGAGAUUUAGUGAACACUCACGUGACCGGUCCGGGUGCCGUUUUGGCAUUGGGAAUGUUGUAUUUUAAUACCGGUAAUAAAGCCGUGGCCGAAUGGCUCAAAGCUCCCGAGACGCAACAUCUUUUGGAAGCAGUUUUACCGGAUGCUCUUCUACUGAGAACUUUGGCCAAGGGUCUCAUCAUGUGGAACGAAAUCGAACCUACCGAAAAUUGGGUCAUGAGUCACGUACCUGAAUUUAUUCGCCCCUACGUUCUAGUCAAACCCGAACCCAACUCCGACAAAUGCAUCGAUUACGAAACUAUGGAUCAAGCCUACUGUAACAUAGUUGCCGGCGCUUGCAUGGCCAUAGGAUUAAGAUUUGCCGGAUCUGCUUACGACGAAGCAUUCGAAGUAUUGUUGUCGUAUGCGAAAAUGUUUACUUCUCUACUGGGUAAAAACAUUGGCGAACUCUGCGGAAGGUCGACGAUCGAAACAUGUCUCAACGUUAUCACUCUGUCCUUGGCAAUGGUGAUGGCCGGAACGGGAGACAUCGAGGUGUUGAGAUUGUGCCGAUAUUUGCGUUCAAGAGUCGGUCCUACAAACACGGUCGUGACUUACGGUUCUCAUUUAGCCACCCACAUGGCCAUUGGCCUCUUGUUUCUCGGCGGAGGUGCGUACACUCUAUCGACUUCACCGGAUGCCAUAGCCGCACUCUUGUGCGCUUUUUAUCCCAAGUGGCCCAUUCACAGCAACGAUAAUCGGUAUCACCUUCAAGCUUUUCGACAUUUGUACGUACUGGCGAUCGAAUCCAGGCUCCUCUUGCCGCGGGAUAUCGAUACGAGAACGCUUUGUUACGCUCACAUAACUUGCGUUUUCCUCGACGUUCCUUUUUACAAGGGUAACGUUAUUAAACUACGAGCACCUUGUCUGCUACCCGAACUGAGCACUCUCAAAGAAGUACGAAUAGACGACGGCAGGUAUUGGUCGAUAGUUUUCAACCGGGAUAAAAAUUGGGAUGAUUUCAUCAACAUAUUGUCCGAAUGUAGUUUCGUCGACGUGAAACAAAAAGCAGGUUGUUUGUCUUACUUGGAAGAUCCUCAAGGUUUUCGAAGUCUUUUGGCACAGACGUUGACGAGCGAUGACGUCAUACCGUGGACGAUAAGAGUGGAAACAAUUUUUGGGUUUUCAUCCGAUCCUAUAUUGGUCAAUUUCACGCAGUAUUUUUUAGAGGGGAGGGAAAACGAAAACAACAAGGAAAACGUGGAAAGUAAAAUGAUAGUUUGGCUCACGUACAUAGCAUACUAUUGUUUGACGAAAGAUAAGCUAUCACUUUUACCCAUUUGGGUAUCUUUGCUCAAAGCGGGACAAAAUAUAUUCACGAACGCGUCGUCGCUGGACGUUUGGCAAUUGAAAUUAAUGUGGACUCAAGCGUUACGUCAUUCGGGAAGCAACAGUUCGAGUUCAUUGAUUCCCCCCGAUAUCGUACUGCCAGCAAAACAAUUUUGUCAAAAAUUAUUCGAAUCGUGGGAAUCCGAAAUAUUCGAUUUGCUCAAGGAUUAUCUCAAAGAUUCGGAUUUGGAUCCGAAGAGUAAAAAUCAGGAUAAAUUAACGGCUUAUCUAACGUUUCACGACAUUCCCAGGUUGAAGGACUUAAAUAAAUGUUUGAACGAAGAAGGUACGGAAAAGAUAAUAAUGGAAUUGGUAAAUCGUAAUCUACCGCCGUCGGCCAUAAUGAAAUUAUCAAGAAUUCUAGGAAAUUUUCAUUAA